UGCGUCGAGGUAUUUUGCCGUCUUGACGCACUUCUGCUAUGCUAACAUCAGACGGCUGAGCUACUUAAAACUUUGUCUUGGAUAUAUUCGGUAAAAUCAAUGAAGUUUUCUAUUUGGAAUUACAACCGGAUAUCGUGACUGCUCGUUGCUGUAUAAUGCCGCCUGCUCUUUACAGUACCGGAGGAUCUUCGUGGUGAAAGAAUUAAAAAGGUUCAUUCAUCGCAUCGCCAGAUGUGGCUUCUACCUCUGCUCAGACUCCUGUUCAUGAACGGUGAAGAUACUUUGGUUGAGCGGCUGUGGCUCGGCCUGGAGGGAUGACAGGACACUAGCAGACAUGGAGACAGGGGAGACACACAAACAGCUGGAUUUAUGAAGCCGAUAUUAUCUGGUUUAGAUCCCCUCAGGAUAAGUAAAAGCUAUUUUUAUAUAAAUAUUUUUAUUCAUCGCUGUUUCUGAUAGUUAUUGCAAAGCCAUACAUACUCAAAACGUCAGGAUGAGCUCAGAAGGAUUUCAAUACCGUGCACUGUACGACUACAAGAAGGAGCGGGAGGAGGACAUCGACCUGCAUGUUGGGGACAUGUUGCUGGUCAGUAAAGGAGCACUGCUUGCACUUGGCUGCACUAAUGGAGCUGAAGAACGUCCAUCAGAGAUCGGAUGGCUGCCAGGCUUUAAUGAGACCACUCAGGAAAAAGGUGACUUUCCAGGAACAUACGUGGAGUUUAUUGGCAGAAAGAGAAUGUCCCCUCCCACACCAAAACCUCGCCCACCCAGACCGCCAUCUGCAGCAUCAGGGAGGACUGACUCAGAAUCGGAGUGCUUCAUGUUGCCAGAUCUCCCAGAUCAGUUUGGACCACCAGACACAGCCCCUCCCCUCCUUAGCAGACUGAUGGAGGCCAUAGAGACAAAAGGUCUCGACAGUCCCAGUCUUUAUCGAAGCGUGAGUGGAGGAGGUCUCGAUGCCCGGCAGCUGGCAGAUACUGACCCAGAGCAGCUGGAGGUGCCAUCACUCUGUGAAGGGGUGGUUCGGUUCCUGCUGGACCUCCCUGGCCCCGUCCUCCCAUCUUCACUACAGGCCGACAUGAUCCAUGCAGUGCAAGAGGUCCGAGACCCGGAGAACUGCGCCCAGAUGCUUCGAGGCGUGGCAAGCUCACCGGCCUGUCCCACCCAGUAUGGCUUGACCCUGCUCAGCGUCGUGCGGCACCUGGCCCGGGUCUGUUUUCACGGUUCCAGAAACCAGCUGAGCCCUCGGAACCUGGCAGAGAGCUUCAGCCCUCUGCUGUUCAGACAGACGGCAGGGCCAGAGUCUGGUUUUGAUCCUCUGGUUCAGGUCCUGGAGGUUCUGAUAACCAGCGAGCUCAACAUGAACCAGGCUGCACCAGCUUUACCUCCAAAACCAGUCAAGUCAUCGACUUCAUCAGCUUCCAGUAGCUUUAACAACAGUAUUGCUCUGCAGGAUGCCGAGUGGUACUGGGGAGACAUUUCCAGGGAGGAGGUAAACGAGAAACUGAGAGACACAGCUGACGGUACAUUUCUGGUGCGAGACGCCUCCACUAAGAUGCAUGGAGACUACACUCUAACGCUGAGGAAAGGAGGCAACAACAAGCUGAUAAAGAUUUUUCAUCGGGAGGGGAAGUACGGUUUUUCUGACCCUUUGACCUUCAGCUCAGUGGUGGAGCUGAUCAACCAUUACCGCCAUGAAUCUCUGGCCCAGUAUAACCCCAAACUGGACGUCAAACUGCUUUACCCAGUCUCCAAACACCAACAGGACCAGGUGGUGAAGGAGGACAGCAUCGAAGCUGUGGGUAAGAAGCUCCAUGAGUAUCAUCUGCAGUACCAGGAGAAGAACAGAGAGUACGAUAGGCUGUAUGAAGAGUACACCAGAACAUCACAGGAGAUCCAGAUGAAGCGGACAGCCAUUGAGGCAUUCAACGAGACCAUAAAGAUCUUUGAGGAGCAGUGUCAGACUCAGGAGCGCUUCAGCAAAGAGUACAUUGAGAAGUUUCGUCGAGAGGGCAAUGACAAGGAGAUUCAGAGAAUAAUGGAGAACUACGACAAGCUAAAGUCUCGAAUCAGUGAGAUUGUGGACAGUAAACAUCACCUUGAGGUGGAUCUGAAAAAACAGGCCGCUGACUACCGAGAGAUAGACAAGAAGAUGAACAGCAUCAAACCAGACCUUAUCCAGCUGCGCAAGACCAGGGACCAAUACCUCAUGUGGCUGACACAGAAAGGCGUUCGUCAGAGGAAACUGAACGAGUGGCUCGGCCUGAAAAAUGAAACCACAGAGGAUGAGUACAGUAUGGUGGAGGACGAGGAGGACCUCCCCCAUCAUGACGAUCGUCUCUGGCGUCUGGGAAACAUCAACCGCAGUCAGGCUGAGUCUCUGCUGCGAGGGAAGCGAGAUGGCACCUUCCUGGUCCGAGACAGCAGCAAACCGGGCUGCUACGCCUGCUCUGUGGUAGUGGAUGGGGAGGUGAAGCACUGCGUCAUCAACAAGACGAGCACUGGCUAUGGUUUCGCUGAGCCCUACAACCUUUAUGGAUCCCUAAAGGAGCUGGUGCUGCACUAUAAGCACACAUCACUGGUCCAACACAACGACUCGCUCAACGUCACGCUGGCCUUCCCCGUCUACAGCCAGCAGAGGCGGUAACCCUGCCCCAGCCCAUUUUCACAUACACCAUCAUCAUAGACCAGCAGCCAGACCUCAUGUGCACACCUGGUCUGACACAUGUUCCCAAACAUCUAUCUAACCUGAUUCUGCAUUUAAACCUCUGUGUGAAAAUUACAUGAAGACAUUUGAAGAUCACAGUGAAACAGAAACACUUGUUGAACCCCCACUCUCACGCCCGCAUGUUUUCUGUCAACUUCAUUAAGGCUACAUCCACAGUCCUGAUCUCUGUUCAGCAGGUGUUCCAGCUCCGUAUUGGGGGUUACCUGCGUCCACACUGACACACCUGGAAACCUAUAUCACCUGACCAUUCAGGUAGACUAGGCAUGCACAUGUUGGUGGAAACAGAAGGCAGAACUGACAUGGCAUGACAUUGUGAGACUGAAAUGACAGCUGUUCAGACUAAAACAAAGCCCUGGAGUUCAAACUAAAAUCAGUCAGCAGUGUUUACAAAUGUGUCCAUUUUGAGAGCUUUAAUAAUGCGAGCAUUGACAGUAGGCAUAUCAGAUUAAUGUGUUUUAAAUGAUAACAGAGUAGAGUGGAUCUAGCCUAUGGAUAUAGCCAUUCAGAUGCAGCAUCUUAUGCGCACACAAAUACAUCAUCAUUGAAGACAUACACUUAAACAAUAAAGACAUUGUUACGAUGCGUAUUAAUUGCAGUGGGUAUCUGUUGCAGUUCCCAACUGUCAACCCAUUUUUUGAUAAUCGGUGCCAAAGAAGUGGGUCAAACUGGUCUUUGUCCUUAUAAACACCUCCAUUUGGAUGUUGCAUAUGAAUGGAUCCUUAGUCUCAUUUAAACAUAAUACAUUAAAGAAAAGUCAAGUUGUCAGUGGAAAAGUUGAAAAAAUAUUUUUUUUAAAUUGGCACAUUUACCUUUAACAUGACUAGGAACCCAUUGAUGAUAAUUCCUUUUUGUUUUCUCAACCAGAUAUUAACAUGUAGCUUCUUCUUUACCUUAUUAACGAUGAACGCGUUGUUAAAAAUGUGUUAAUGGUAGCAUUCUCAGGCUAAAACCAGGUGCUUUCUUUUUACGGUGUGCAAGAUUAACCCUGAAUGCCUCUGGAGGACUAAUUUGAAUGUCCCGGGUGCAGAAGUUAAGGUUUUGAGAGACAAAGUUCCAGAGUUUCAUGUCAGACCAUGGUUCUGUUCUGGACUAAAGUACAGCAGGGGAAGCUGGAAGGAGGUUAACCCUUUAAGCACACUUCUCAGCUGCUGCUGACAAAGACAACUGAAGCAGAGUGCUGUUGAUGACAAUGAUGUUGUAUACAAAAUGGUGGACCAUCCAGGGAGAGCGUGGUAUUUAAAACACUGUGAGUGACUCUGAACGAGGUUUAAAAUGAAGGUGAAUCAACAAAUCCGCAUUUCACUUCAGGAAAGAGAAAACCUUCAUCCAAACCAUAAACAGUGUUUUCCAGGUUCUUGAAUCUUCAGAUUUCAUUAGGACUUUUGGAUUGUAGUUUUAAUUUCAAACAAGAGGGUUGCUUUAGAGUGGACAUAUGAUUCAUUUAUUCUUUCAUUUCAGUUUACGCCUGUUCUGAGUACUCAAACAUCCAUGUCAGUUGGAUCGAGAAUGUGAAUCUUAAAGAAAAAAAAUCAGGAAACGGAUCCCAUUUUGACAUUUGUGUUCAAACGUCAAAAGUUUCAGUGGACGUAAGGACAAUGCGACAAUAAAAAUCUGAACCACAACUUUUUAUCUUAAUGUUUUUGUUUUUUUGUAUAUUAAGAGAUGUCACUUGGUACAAGAAAAUGUUUGAGGAUUUCAGGGUGUCUGUUGUCAUGGUGACCAUGUGUUGAAAACCGUCACUUUUUGAAAUUAAGCUUUUUCUCAACGUGUGGAUGCUUCGGAAUCGCAACAUUACAAAAUGUUUGUAAAUGUCCUGAACAUUUCAGUCUCAUUCUUUUCCAGAUUAUUUUCUGUAACACGUGGUAGAUUGUGUGAUGGAGAGAUGACAUGAACAGCAGCCUGUAACAUCAGACAAUGUGGAAAGGAAGUGAUGGAAAGUUUCAGCUCUAAAUAAAACCGUUUUCCAAUGAUCUGAA